GAUAUAAUGUACCGACCUACAUUUUGUGUUAUUUCGUGUGUAAACAUUACAUGGACAAACUUACAUUGUUAUGAAAUAUAAGGAGCUGUAAACGCAUUAUUCGCUCAGGUUUAAUUUGAUACCAUUUCCGAUGAGUGUUGUUUUAUAAGACCACAAUGAAAACAACAAUAAUCAAGUGUGUGUUAUUUGUAAUAGCUGCAUUUCAUCUAUGUACAGUUCAGUCAUGUAAUACAACAGAAUUUACUUGUACAAGCGGCGAAUGUAUUGACAUAGGACGUAGAUGUGACAAUGAUUUUAAUUGUGGAGACAGAACUGAUGAAGAAAACUGUACAGCUGUACAAAUAUGUCCCGAAGGGAGGCAAAAAUGCGAUACUGGAGAAUGUGUUGUAGACAUAAAUCUAUGCUCAACGCACACAACUAUGAUGCAAUUAUCGACAUCUAUUGUAGAACCAUCAUCUCAAAGCUUGAUAUCUCCAACAAACACAUUUGAGAUACAGUCUAAUCCAUCUAAAUUAUCAACAUAUGAUAUUCAAACAACAUCAACAUAUGAUAUUCAACCAACAUCAUCACGUGAUAUGCCUGCUAAUUCAGUUAUUUAUACGACGAUUCAAUCAGUACAAUCUGUCAAAACUCCAACUUCUGACAGUAAAUUCAAACCUAUAUGUAAGUUGUCUUAA